UAAUUGGUUCUGCCCUUGAUUGAAUCGCGGGCAGACUGGAUGGCCCGAAUGGCCUCCUUCUGCUAUUAUACCUUAUGGUCUCAUGGCAUUUUCAGCUGCGCAAGAAAAGGAGAGGAAAUUGAAGAUCGGAAAUAGACCGUACCGUGUGAUCUGCCUACUCUGCCUCGUUACAUCCGCCCUCAUCGUGACAGUGGUCGGUCUCUCGAUCCAUGUGUCACAGAUUCGUCAGUCUAAGGUCACCUCCGACCGAAACUACCAUGAGUUGAACUCAACCCUUCAGUCCGAGCUUUCUGCCCUCAACUCUAACCUGUCCGAUCUUAAACGAAGGCACAGCGAUCUCCGUCACCAGUUCACUGAGAUGGAAACGAAGUACAGAUCUGUCAACGAAACCAAGGAUCGAAUCUGUGAAUUGUUGAACAGCAGCAGAGAGCAAACGUGUUCCGAGAACUGGAUCAGAAAUAGAGACCGAUGUUAUUUUAUAUCUGCGAUUGAUGAAUCUUACGAUGCAGCAAAGCAACAUUGUUCAAGAUUUGAUUCACGUCUCCUUGAAAUAAAUUCAAACGAUGAAGCGAAUUUUGUUUACAACUCGAUUCGCCAUGGUUACCGGACAUACUGGAUUGGAAAAUGCGAAGACCGGAACGUGGAAUCUAACCUCCUGUAUACGGUGAAAGAUAGAAAACCCACCUGCACGCGGUGUAAAUCGAACGAAUGGAAUUACAAAUGCGGUGAUGAACACUAUUUCAUCUGCGAGAAGUCUGCAUCUUUGUUCUCGGAUGUUCUUGAAAAGAUGCUUGAUCUCUGUCAAGAACCCAUGAGUCCGAGUUGAAA